GGAAUAUGAGAGUUCAGAACUGAAGUUUAUUCCUGUUAAGUCAAACACUUCAAAGUUGCCAUGGUUCCUGGAAAUCUACCCCCCUCCCCGCCCCCAUCUAUAGGAUCGCCAAGUGAGAUGCAGAAGUACCUCUCUUCUGAGCUUCUGGUGCUGUGAAUGAUUUAUCUCAAACAUAAAUCUGAUCAUGCCACCUUCUGCCUCAGUGCCUGCAAAGGAUUUCCACUGACUUCUGAAUACAGUAUCAGUUCUUUGGCAGAACAUGCAAAGCCCUCUCGCACCUCCGGCAUUGAGCUCCCUUGUCUUUGGACCCGCCCUUCUGGAGACUGUGGAUUCUUUAUCUCCCUGGCGCGCCCCUGCAGGCGACGAUAGGAGCUGGACUACAGCUCCCAGAAUCCCCCGCAAUCCCGCCGGCCGCCCGGGGACCGACCCGGUAGUAGCUCUUCUCUGCCAAGGUUUCCACUCCCAGAGCGGCUCCCCAGCUUGGGGCCUCCAAGGAGCUCAGGGACCGAUCUCCGGGACGUGGGCAUUGCUAGGGGUGACAGCGCGGGAAUAUGGCCUUGCACUUGGGCAGGCUGAGCGCGGGCUCCUGCUGGCGAGCUGCGCGCGGCGGCCGCGGAGAGCUGUGCGCCUGGCCGGGGCGCUGCGCCGCCGGACGCACCUGCCGGCGCCCGGGCUCCGCGGGCACAGAGCAGUGCCGCGGGCUGGGACACAGCCGGACGCCGGGAGCAGCCCCCCGGCUCGGGACCGGGCUGACCACGGCGCUGGCGGGGCUGGCCGGGCUGGCGGGGCUAGCCGCCGCCGCCUUCGGGCACGUACGGCGGGCUGAGAUGGUGCCCAAGAGCUCGGGGGCGCGGACCUCUGCGUCGGGGAAGCCUGAGGAAGAGGACGAUCUGGCCCGCCGCUGCAGCUGCUUCAUGGCCUUGCCUGUGACCGACCUGCGCGAGCUGCGGGGGAGACCGAGCGACAUGAAGACCAAGAUGGAGCUGCUGAUCCUGGAGACCCAGGCCCAGGUGUGCCAGGCUCUGGCACAGGUAGACGGGGGCGCCAGCUUCUCCGUGGACCGGUGGGAGAGGAAGGAAGGAGGUGGUGGCAUCAGCUGCGUACUUCAGGAUGGGCGUGUUUUUGAAAAGGCUGGGGUGAGCGUUUCUGUUGUUCAUGGAAAUCUUUCUGAGGAAGCAGCGAAACAAAUGAGAAGCAGAGGGAAAAUUCUGAAGACGAAAGAUGGUAAAUUGCCAUUUUCUGCUAUGGGUGUGAGCUCUGUCAUUCACCCCAAGAAUCCUCAUGCUCCUACUAUCCAUUUCAACUACAGAUACUUUGAGGUAGAAGAAGCUGAUGGUAACAAGCUGUGGUGGUUUGGUGGUGGAUGUGACCUUACUCCAACGUACUUGAACCAUGAGGAUGCUGUCCAUUUUCACAGAACUCUAAAGGAGGCUUGUGACCAGCAUGGUCCUGAUCUCUACCCUAAAUUUAAAAAAUGGUGUGAUGAUUACUUUUUUAUUGUCCAUCGUGGGGAGCGGAGAGGCAUCGGGGGCAUCUUUUUUGAUGACCUUGACUCACCAUCCAAAGAAGAAGUGUUUCGCUUCGUGCAGAGCUGCGCCCAGGCUGUGGUUCCUUCAUAUAUUCCUCUUGUGAAGAAACACUGUGAUGACUCAUUCACCCCCCAGGAGAAGCUGUGGCAGCAGCUGCGGAGAGGACGGUAUGUAGAAUUUAACCUUGUGUAUGAUCGAGGUACGAAGUUUGGCCUCUUCACUCCAGGAUCCAGGAUCGAAAGCAUCUUGAUGUCUUUACCUCUAACAGCUCGAUGGGAGUACAUGCAUUCACCCGCAGAGAACUCCAAAGAAGCGGAAAUUCUGGAAGUCCUGCGCCAUCCGAGAGACUGGGUGCAUUAAUGCAGGUGGAGUGCCCGGCCUGGAGCUUAGGACAGAAAGUGUGCCCCAUCCCAUAGGCCCGCACCAUUGCCACUGUGUGGCAGUGAAUAACCUGUGGGUUAAGCUCCAGCCUCCUCUCUGCAGUUGGCUUCCUUGGCAGGCGCUGAAGUGUGUUAAGUACUACAAGUUUGUCGUGGAUGCUGCCAGCGACAGGUGGUGGUACGGCAGCUUGUCAGAGUCAACGGGUUGAUAAAAACCUCAUUUAUGCUCUUAGAAUCAUUUUGUAUGACUAGUUUACAAAAUACAAAAUUGAGUUUCCAAGUGUUGAGUUAAGGGAAUCUAAAUAUAAUGUGUGUCAGGAAACUUCUCAUGCUAUUUUUGUUUUAUGUAUUUUUUAAAGUUUUAGUUUCUGCCGCCAAAAAUCUGUGGUGGGAUAACUUUUAUUUUCAUUAAUUCAGUGAGUUGAGACUUCAUAACAAUUUUAGAAAAGCAACUUGAGAUGAAAGUAAAACGUUUACUUUGUCAUGACUGAAGUUUCAUUGAUCAUAACCUUUAUAUGUCUUUCUCUGGAGAUCAUAAUAUUGUAAAAUGUUUAUUUUUAUAAUGAUAUUUAGGAACACUUGAAAUUUUCUAAAUCUCUGCAUGUGUUACAAUUCAAUAAUUCCCUAUAAUUGUUAACUCUAAAGUGACGUCACUGUUAUUUAAAUAAGGGACAUCUAAGAUGUAACUCUGAUUUUUGUAGAACUGUUUUGUUAAUGUUGAAUUCUCUGCACUUUUGAAUGUGAAAGCUUAUAAUCCUGGAGUCUGAUAUUUAAAAUUUUCUAUUCCAGACAUUCCUAUAUGCAAAUUUAGACUAAAAACAACCCCGGGAAUGUUGUUAGUUAGGAAAUGUUUCUCAUUUGGAAAGUGAGAAAUAUUUUCCUUCCUUAAGUAAAGUCAACGUAACUAGUGUGAGAAGCAUGCAGGCAUUUUAUAAACAUAUUUCUUUGUAAGAGGGACUGAUUAAAGUUGUCCUCUUUUUAAAUUAGAGAUUUUGCAGCUCUUUGUUCUUACGAGAAAAUCACAACAGAAUUCUUGGUGUGUCUUCUUUGUUCAUAUAAUAUGAGUGCAUUUUAUUUUACUCAUAUUGAAGUUUGUAAGGAAUAGUGUCUUCCUACAUAUUAUUAAUAAUUAUCUUGGAAGAUGUUAAAUGUACGUGAUUGUGUAUGAUUUUAGAGCUGGGAAAUGUGUGGACUCUUCAGCUGUCUUCCAACAGAUCUGCUGAUAAAUUUUAUGAAAUAUGACUAAAAUGUUUCUAUUUUUCAUUUUUUAGGGGUAAUUGAUACAGGGAAGAUAAAUAUUUUUUAGUACUAAAACCAUCAUUCCUCAUUCCUAGGUAUUUUACCCAAGAAAAAUAGAAGUUUUGCAUUCAGAUUUCUGUAGCAGCUUUAUUCGCAAUAGCCCAAAGUUAGAAACAACACAGAUACCCAUCAUCAGACGACUGGAUAAACAAAGGAUGAUUUAUCAGUAUAUGAAAAUACUACUCAUCGGUGAAAAGGAACAACCGCUCGGGUGAAUAGCAAAACAGCAUUAUGCCAAGGGGAUGAAGCCAGACACAAAAGAAGACUCAUUAUAUGACUACAGUAUGUGAAAACCUAGAAAAGCCAAAACUUGUACAAGAGAAAGCGCAUCAGUGGUGGCCGGGGCUAGGGCUGGGCAAUUGACUGUGAAAGGGAACCAAGGAGUAUUUUGAGAGGAUGGAAACAUUCUAUAUAUUGAUUGUGGCAGUGGUUACCAGACUGUUUACGUUUAUCAAAACUCAUUGACCUUGGCACUGAACAACAUGGAAUUUUGUUGUGUAUGUGUUUUAUACUUCAAUAAAGCUGAUUAAAUGAAAAAAAUAUAUAGGCAUAUAGGAACAAAUGUUCAAAUAAACCUCAGUUCACCUUGUACAAUAAAAAUACCCUUAUCAUAUAGA